AUGGCUAAACCAUCUACUUUGUCGAAGGAGUACAUAUCAGACUCUGAAUCAGAAACGGAAACUGUGCAACAGCAGGUGCCACAAUUCACUGUCCCUACAGGUUACAAAAAAUGCAAACAUCUUAAGAGUAUCCAGCUGAGUAAAAAAAUUGCCAAGAAGAACGGUGACCAGGAAUUAUGGCUGUUUAAACUGCCUGCCAAUUUGGACAUCUCAAAGCUGAAGACUCUACCCGUGGGAGCAAAUGGAGCUCAGACUAUUUUGAACAAUAAUAUUCAGUACAGUAUUGAAUCGAAUUCAAACGCUAUCAGCGAGAACAGUAACCUGACAUUGUUGAUACCGGAUGCAUCUAGAGAGGCUCUAGAGCCUUGUAAUGAUAAAAAGAGUGGGAAACCAAUUCAAUUCAACAAGAUAUUCACCAUUUCAGAGACAAAGACAAUACCCGAUAUCAACUUUGACAAAGUGAGAGUCCCAAGAGAAAACGUGCCCAAAGUUGACGGUUUGAUAACUAGACACUAUGCCUCCGGGUACGAUGAAAGUGCAUCGGAAGAAACUUCCACAAAGAAACGUUCUCAUAAGGAAUCUAUAGCCACCGAAGUAGAGGAGAAGGGGACAAAGAAAAAGACGAAGAAGGACAAGAAAGACAAAAAAAAGAAGAAGGAAAAGAAGGACAAGAAAUAA